AUGAGAAAACGACAGAUGCUGGUGACAGCAAAGUUAGCAAGGCCGCGGGGGAGACCUGAUCGAGCAAGAAUUGCUCGAGGCAAUUAUCCUUUUGCCAAGGAAAUGGGCUCCGGAUUCAAAGUACCACAGGACUCUCGUAGCUCUCCCAUGGAUACUCAUCGGCCUACAGAUCACAGUGAAAGAAGGGUUAUCAGUUUUAGGCAGAAUGACGGUAGAGGGCAGCUUUCUUCACUGGAGCGUUCGUAUAAUAGGAGCUCUCCAACAGUUCCAUCUCAUAGAAUUUCUCUAGAUGCUGCUCAUAGACCUUCUCGUCACGAUGACCAUAGCAAUGAAAGAUAUACCAAACAGCCUUCAAAGAGGAAGUUCAAGCUCGCAAUACUGAAACUUCUGUUCGACGGUCAAGGUUUGGUCGUGGGAAUUCUCAAAGAAGUGAUUCACAAAGGAUGGAGCAAGUUGGACAUGGUGAAGGUGCUUAGAGGUUCUGUUGGGGAUUGUCAUCGACUAUAUGAUACUAGAACUUCAACUGUGGCAUACAGGGUAAGUGAGAUCGAUAUAGGGGAUGAUCAGGGCAUGAUGCCUCCCAGCCAUGAUAUGGAUUACAGAUCCAGGGAUGAUCUGCCCUCUGAGUCAGACGAUGAAUUUACUUACAUGAAAAAUGUACUUAUUGGUCCAGUUACAUGCAGGAUCACACCCCCUGAUCACCAUCAAAGUCGUGUGAACGAUGGCAGCUGA